UAGUGAGGCUUCGUUAUGAAAACCGAGGGAUUCUUUCUCUGAAAAUAGAGAGAGAAAGUGCGAGAAAAUCGUGGAAAAAGUGAUUCCUUUGUUUUCUCUGAAUCGUGUUUUGAUCAUGGAGGUCACAGAAGUAUAUAAUGAGAGAUAGAGCUCAUUGAUUCUGCUCUGGGUUUUCUGGUUUCUGGGUUUUUCAAGAAAGGUGUUUUUAGCUACCAUCCCAUAUCAUCUCAGAGAAACCAUUAAAGCGAGCUCUAAUGGCGGAUUGUGGUGGCUCUUUACCAUCACCAACAGACAAAUACAGAAGACCUACUUCAUCAAUUUUCAGUUCUCCAAGACUGUUCACUGGUUUUGCUUCAAAUGAAUCUCUGCGCAGCCCAACUUCAAUCCUCGAUACCAAACCCUUCUCUGCUCUAAGAACCCCAAUUUGGUCCGAGACACACCUCACAAAAUCCCCAAAACUCGAAAAUCGAACCCACUUUAUUAAACUAGAUUCAAGAGGGGUUGGUCUCGGCAUUGUCGAUGCUCUUAGUGAUGAAAUGUCUGACUCAAAACAAUCCAAACCCGAUAGCCGAAUGGUUCUGUUUGGAUCACAAUUGAAGAUUCAAAUCCCUCCUCUGCCUCCCUCUGUUCUUAUCUCCCCUUCCGAGUCUCCGAAAUCGCCAGCCGAUUUCGGAAUCAAGACUCGGAAUUCUCAAUUGGGUUCCUUUUCCCUUUCCCCCGGGCUAUCGCCGGCAAAGAAAUCGCCAUUUGGGUCGGAGAAUUCUUGCCUAGAAAACCCGAACUCGCCUCGGGUUUUCGCCGGGUGUCUCUCUGCUAGUGAAAUGGAGCUUUCGGAGGAUUAUACUUGUGUGAUUUCUUAUGGUCCGAAUUGA